AUGGACGGCCAGAAGACUCCCUUUGUCAGGGAGCUUGGUUCAAGCGACCGCAAAGUGCGUGACAAGGCACUUGACUCUCUAACUCAAUUCGUGCGCUCGCGCAAUGAUUUGUCUCUCGUGGACCUGCUCAAGCUCUGGAAGGGUCUCUUCUACUGCUUCUACCACUCCGAUCGACCCCUCACACAACAAGCCCUCGCCCGCGCUCUCUCCUACUCUCUCGUCCCCUCACUCCCUCGCGCAACCCUUCACCGCUUCCUGCGUGCUUUCUGGAUCACCAUUGGCCGUGAUUACCAUGCCCUCGACCGCCUCCGUCUAGACAAAUACCUGAUGCUGAUUCGUUUCUACGUCGGCGUGGCAUUCGAAGUAUUCGUGAAGAGCCCCACGAAGAGCGCAGAUGGCAAAAAGCGCAAGCGCGCAGAUGCCGCGAAGAAGGGCGGCAAGAAGCAGAAGAAGCAGGCGGAGGCUGAGGCUGUUGAGGAGGAGAACGACGAUACCGAAGACGUCGAAGCUAAAUACCCCGAUCUCGCGGCUUAUAUCUCUAUCAUCGAGGAGGGACCCUUGUGUCCAUUGAACUACGACCAGGAUCAGGAUAUGGAAGAGGGAGACCCCAAUUACGUUCCUAUGCCGCAUGGACCUGAUGGUCUGCGCUACCAUCUUAUCGAUAUUUGGGUCGAUGAGCUGGAGAAGGUUCUUGAGUUUGAAGAAGAGGCCGGCGAGGAUGAGGAAACCCCGAAGCGCAAGAUCAAGGGCGAUGUUCCCGUUGAGCUUAUUCUGCGGCCACUGGAGAAGCUGCGCACUGAGAGUCAGUACAAGCCUGUUCGCACGAGGGCCGCCGAGGCUCUUGAGGACGACCGGUUGUACGAGUGGGGCAUUCGGACAAGACCAGUUGAGGAAGAAGAUAGCGAGGAGGAAUGGGGCGGGUUUGAGUAA